AUGAUUGCAAGGAGUUUCAUUUUCUUAGCUGGGCUGUUUAUCUCUCAGGCCGGUAAGACUUCCACUUCCAUGAUCGAACUUUCACUUAUCGUUAUAUUCUAAUGCUGCAUGUGAGAGCGUUCUGUUAGCUGUGCUCUAAUUAUGUUCAUAUAAUGUGUGUGUGUGUGUGUGUGUGUGUGUGUGUGUGUGUAGCACGCACUUUGUAUUUUGUACAGUUUAUAUCUAUGCAUUCUUCAUGUGUAUUAUUAUACACUGUAUUUUCUGUGUGUUUGGGGGAAAAAAUGUCUCUUUUUAUGGAUAUUUAUUAUAUAAACCGGUAUCAAGCAGUUGUUACAUUCUUCAAAGAAAAUCUGAAAUGCCAGUUUAAUUUAAAAUGUGUAGUAUGGCAGCUGAGCAUUAUUCCCCUGUCUCCCUGAAAUACCUUGGAUGUGUCUAUAAUAUAGAUAUAAAGCUUGAGAGAAAGAAAGAAUGAUUAAAAAAGAGAGAGAGCACAAGGUAUACUCUAUUUAAUAAGUAUUCAACCCCCUAUUGACAAGGGCAAAUACAAUUCCUAGUUAAUGUGACAAUCCUGAAAUGUUGAUUAAUAAAAAUGACUGCUAUGCUCUUAGUUUAUGCACUUCUGAAAAUAAAUGCAUAAAUAAAUAUGUAGCUUGAUUUUUAUGUUCUUUGUAGACUGUAUUCAUUCAUAUGUACUUAUUGAUUGAUUUGUUUUGCAGUUUUCUCUGUGGCAGACCCAUGCUGCUCUAAUCCCUGCCAGAAUAGAGGCGUGUGCCUGACAUUUGGUCACGACCGAUAUGAAUGUGACUGUACGAGGACAGGAUAUUAUGGGGAAAACUGCACCAUACGUAAGUUGUGUGAUAAGCUUUUUUUUUUUUUUUUUUAUGUUUUUUUUUUUUAAUGUUUUUUUUUCCCAGAAAGCACUUGUGAAAGUCUAAGCCUGAUUUAUUAACCUGAUUAAAUUAGCGUUUUACAAAUUUUUUUAUUUUUUUUUGUGCAGCUGAAUAUUUAACGUGGCUAAGAGUCAACUUAAAACCGUCCCCCAACACUGUGCACUAUAUUUUAACCCAUUUUAAAGGAGUGUGGAACAUAAUUAAUAACAUUCCCUUCUUGCGUGAUGCCAUUAUGCGAUACGUCUUGACAUGUGAGUAAAACUUUGUUUUUUGUUUUUUUUACUUAAAUUUCUCUAGACAAUUCUUAAUUCUUCACAACUUGCUGUUUUCUAAAUUAAACUGCUGCCCUUUAAAAAAAGACUUUAACUGCUAGUUGGACAGCAUUUUUAUCGAAUUGGCUUCAGAACUGAUUUAAUUAAUAACGUAAUGAUACAUAGAUUAAAUUAUUUCAGUAGUUCAUUAUUUUGUAACAAAGGGAAGCUAUUUGAAGAUUUAUGUAAUUUUUACAGUUAAUAGCUUUUAACUUGUUCCUCUACCUAGUUCAUUUCUAUUAAAAAUGUAUCUGUUAUUGAGGGUAAAAUUAAUCAUAUAUAUGAAAUUACUUGCUAUUAUGAACUAGUGGAAUUAGUAAUAUUAAAGCUAAAUUGAAAGAUUUUGCUAAAUAUGCUAAAUAUGCUAAAACCGUAAGCUCGUUUGAGCAGGGUCCUCUUCCACCAAUGGUUCCUGUAAGUUUUCUUGUAAUUGUCCUAUUUAUAGUUAAAUCCCACCCCACACCCCUUAUAAUAUUGUAAAGCGCUACGAAAUCUGUUUGCACUAUAUUAAUGGCAAUAAUAAUAAUAACCAUGGUGUCUAGUUCUGUAUAUUUUCCAGUUGUUGUAAUGGUAUUUGAAAAAUUUCAGAUCACAUAAAUGUAACUUAAUCAUUGAAUAUCAAUAUGUGUUUAUAUGGAAUACAUUAUUUUUUUUUAAAUUAGUGCACUUAUAUGAUUUAUUACUUUGAUACCUUUAUGCUUUCUAUGUACUAAGUUGCAUUUGUUUUCAAUUUAUUUUGCAGCAAGGUCACAUCUGAUCGAUAGCCCUCCUACAUUUAACAGCCAUUAUGGCUACAAAAACUGGGAGACUUACUCCAACAUUUCUUAUUACACCCGAUCGUUGCCUCCAGUCGGCAAAGACUGUCCAACCCCAAUGGGAGUGAAAGGUAAUGGAACUGUUUCUUGCCAUGUGCUGGAUUCUUUAUGUGCAGGAUAUUAAGGACAUAUUUGGGCAUCACGUAAAUUUCAUCAUUUUAUGUCUUGUUUAAUACCUUUCAUUGGAUUAGUCAUAAUACAGUACUGUAACACAUAUGUUGCAAUUGCAUAUUGUGGCACAUAUUCUUAAUGUCUGGAGAAGAUAAGAAUGUGAGAAUUUCUUAGAAUAAUGUUAGAAAUUAACUCGUUUUGGACUUAGGGGGAACUGAUAACAGUUUCAGGAUGAGUGGAUUUUUUAUUUCAUUUUCCGCACCUCAUUAAUACAUGUUUGUUAAACAGGGCUUAAGGAGACAAUAUUAAAAAUAGUGGGCAGUGAACGUGUCUAGUUAAUUAACAUUAAACCAAAACUUGAACUGCAAACUCGCAAUAUUGCUCUGUUAUAUAGAGAACUUGUUAUUGCUCUAUCUGCUUAUUACUACGAGUAAUUUAACUGUUUAUAUUGAUCUGUAAACAUAUGCCAACAUUCUGCAAGGUUUUCUGUUUUCUGACAAGAGGACAUAGUCUUAAAUUAGAGGGGCAAAGGUUUAAAAAUAAUAUCAGGAAGUAUAACUUUACUGAUAGAGUAGUGGAUGCAUGGAAUAGCUAACCAGCUGAAGUUGUAGAGGUUAACACAGUGAGGGAGUUUAAGCAUGCGUGGGAUAGGCAUAAGGCUAUCCUAAUUAUAAGAUAAGACUAGGGACUAAUGAAAGUAUUUAGAAAAUUGGGCAGACUAGAUGGGCCGAAUGGUUCUUAUCUGCUGUCACAUUCUAUGUUUCUGUUGCAAUAUGAAAUAUCUUAUAUUUAUAUUUCAGGAAAAAAGGAGCUUCCCAACUCCAGCGAGGUUGUUGAAAAAUUCUUGCUUAGAAGAAAGUUUAUCCCCGAUCCACAGGGGACAAAUAUCAUGUUUGCUUUUUUUGCUCAGCACUUCACUCACCAAUUCUUCAAGACGGAUACCAAACGUGGAGCGGCCUUCACUAAAGCAUUAGGGCAUGGGGUAAGGUUCCGUAAUACAAACGUUUUAAAAAAACAAACAAAAAACCUAGACUGUACAGUUUUCAGUUCUUUUUAGAUAUUCUACCAUAUCAGAUGUAUUUUCCAAGGUAAAACUGCCCCAGUGAAAAGUCAUUGGGGAUACAGGAUUAGUGUAGCAUGUUCUACUGAAAUAUUAGCAGUUUAUAAUAGGACUGAGAUAAGCGUAAUUAUAUUUCAAACUAUCAGAUGUCAUGUUAACUUAAUAUCCAAGUUAUAAUAUUUAGAACGUAAUCAUAUAAGUAUAGUUACUCAUCAGUGGUGUGAAUAUAAUAAUAUAUGUAUAAUUUUUGUUCAACAGGUUGAUCUGAACCAUAUCUAUGGAGAAACCUUGGACAGGCAACAUAAGUUACGUUUAAAGAAAGAUGGCAAGCUAAAGUUUCAGGUAAAUACCUUAUUUUAAAGGUUAUUGGUAGUUGGGUUACCAUGUAGAUAUCUGCUAAAGUAAAUGUUGAUUAAGCUUUUAAAAUAUACUAUGUGUGUUACAGGUCAUUCAUGGUGAAAUGUAUCCUCCAACUGUGAAAGAGGCAGAAGUGGAAAUGAUAUAUCCCCCCCAUGUGCCCGAACAUGUUCGAUUUGCAGUAGGGCAAGAAGUUUUCGGUCUGGUCCCCGGGUUAAUGAUGUAUUCAAUAAUCUGGUUAAGGGAGCAUAACAGAGUUUGUGAUAUCUUGGUGAAGGAACAUCCAGAGUGGGAUGAUGAGCGUAUAUUCCAAACUACAAGGCUUAUUUUGAUUGGUAAGUACCAAAUUUCUUUAGUAGCAAUGUUUGUGAUCUGGACUAGACAUUUGCAAUGCCCAACCACUAGUUUUGUAGAGAAGGGUCUCUCUCCAUUAAAUUUCAAGUAUCUUAGUUGUAUGAAGUUUAAUUAUUUUAUUAUUGGCACUAAUAUUGAAUCAUACAAUGCCACAUGUUAUAGCACAACUAUAGAAAAACAUUCUUAUACUAUUAUAGCAACCAGCCUCUUGACCUGCUGACCAUUUUAUUAAACUCCAUUUCCCAGCCUUUAACACAGUUUUCUCAUUAAGGGUAAUCUAAAAAAAAUAUGGGCAAAAUAUUGUUGGAUUUCUCUACACUGUACUAACUUCAUCUCUGGUUUGAUUUUUUUUUUUCUUAAGGUGAGACCAUAAAGAUUGUCAUUGAAGACUAUGUGCAACACUUGAGUGGUUAUCACUUCAAGCUCAAGUUUGACCCCCAGUUAUUGUUUAACCAGAAAUUCCAGUACCAGAACAGAAUCGCUGCUGAAUUUAAUACCCUGUACCACUGGCACCCACUCCUGCCCGACACAUUCCAAAUCAGUGAAAAGGAAUAUAGCUACCAACAGUUUCUCUACAACAAUUCUGUCAUUUUGGAACAUGGCAUAGCAGAGAUGGUUGAGUCUUUCACCAGGCAAACUGCUGGCAGGGUAAGCAUCAAUUUUUGAUCUAUACAUGUGUUACAAUCACUACACUUCAAACAACACAGCUGAGCAUCCACACAACUCUCAUAAUAGUGUCAUCUUUACCAUACAUAGACCAGUCCAGCAAAUCCUUUAACUGUUGGAAGAUCAAGUCACACCAGGCUCAUCUUUCAGCUUCCUGCUACAUAACCAUGCAUCAGAAAGCAAACAAAAUAAAAAAAUUUUUUGCAAAAUUCUUAAAGUGAUACAAACUAUCACAUACGUGUUAACGGGUGAGGGAUGCGUGUAAUGUUUGUUUUGCUUCCCAAAAUAUCCUGGAAAUAAAUUGAUCAGACAUAGUAGAAUGCCACCCACUAUUUGAGUUUUUACAAAGUUUGGGAAAUGCCAAGGAUUCUGUGAGUUCCAGUAAACACUGCUAAAAUCACACUCCCUGCCCCCAAGGCAGCAGAUGACCCCUAUUCUAACUUUUUUGUUCUUCCUUUUUAAGGUUGCUGGAGGCAGAAAUGUCCCUGCUGCAGUGUUUAGAGUAGCUGUGGCUUCAGUUGAACACAGCAGAGAGAUGAGAUACCAGUCGAUGAAUGAAUACAGGAAACGUUUUAAUCUAAAACCUUUUAAGUCCUUUGAAGAACUGACAGGUAAGAGCACGUUAUUUAAAGAUCUUCUAAGUUUAUUGAGACAGAGACAAUGAAGAACUCACACAGUAAAGUUAAUGUUAUGUUUACUUUUGAGCACAAGUCACUUGGAGUACAAGUUCUUAUCGAACAUUAUUGUUAAGUAGUGACAGCAUGUAGCGCUGACUAUGAAAACAUGUUGAAACUACACACGCACACAAAGAUUACACAGUACAAUGUCUGCCUAAAUUAACCUUGUGUUUGCCUCAUUGAACUGGCUAUCACACUUGAGUCAUUGCCCACACAGUUUUGUUUUUUUUAAUCUUUAUUUAAAAAAAAAAAAAAAUCUCUUCUAGAGUAAUAUUCAUGUAUUAAGUACACAGAAACCAUGGCUGAAUAAAUACAGAUACGUGGAUUUUUGUACAUGUUAAAAGAGGAAACUCUACUUCUAUGCAUUAGUCUAGUUUUCUUUACUGUCUAGCUAUGCAAAAUUGGCCAUAUCUUAAAUUUGCAAAAAAAUACUUUACUUGUAAACUGGAAUGUAAUUUUGCAGUUAAUUUGCAACAAAUCAAUACAAAUGUGAGGUUGAAAGUCCUUUAGUUGGUAAGCAUUAUUUACCAACUAAUAUAAAAUAUAUCUCAAAGUAUUAUUAAAAGUAAGGACUUGAGAAAACUGAGUUGUAUAAAAUAAAUGUAUAAUUGUCGUAGGCAUGGUGCAAUGUAAAAUGUGGGUUAGUUAGAAAGUUAAGGUUUUAUUUAAAUCAGAUUCUGUGCAGUAGUCCACAUUCCAUAUACUGUAAAAAAUCUCUCACAAGUCUUAACUAUGUUCUAAGUGAAAACACCUGAAUAACCAGCUUUAAGUAUGUCAAAGUGCUUCAGGGAAUUAAGAUAGGGAAAAAAACAGCAUAUCUCCACCUAUUUUGACAGGAGACAACGUGGCCUUAUAUUACGCGUGGCAAACCAUGAGACUGAAAUUGAACUGUAUGUAAGAAACAUAUUUGGUUUAGUGAAUUACUAAUGAUAUUUAUUUUAAAAAAUUGGAGGUUUUUAUUUCGACCCACAGUAUAUAGUGCAUAUACCACCAGACCACAUGGUCAAAAUGUUGGUUUAUACCUUUCUGACUUUUUCUGUUAUUUCAGGCGAGAAAGAAAUGUCAGCUGAACUUGAAAGUCUGUAUGGUGAUAUUGACGCUAUGGAACUCUAUCCUGGACUUCUUGUGGAGAAACCAAGACAAGGAGCCAUUUUUGGUGAAACUAUGGUAGAACUUGGUGCGCCAUUUUCUCUUAAAGGUCUGAUGGGGAACCCAAUUUGCUCUCCCGAAUACUGGAAGCCAAGCACAUUCGGGGGGAAUGUGGGUUUUGAUAUUGUAAACACUGCUUCUUUGCAAAAACUGAUCUGUCAAAAUGUCAAGAACUGCCCGUACACUUCAUUUAAUGUUCUGAAAAGUGAUCAUGCUAAGACAGCAACUAUUAAUGCCAGCUCAAACUCUGCUCCACAAGAGGUGAACCCAGCUUUACUACUGAAAGAACUUUAAGGAUGUCACAUAUCGGGCACAACUUCUCAAAACCUUUCAGCUGGUUUAAAACAUAGCAUUUUAACUACUUAAAAGAGAUUACUAAAUAUGGUAGUCAUGAGGCAUAAUUGUGUUUUUAGAACACAUUUUACAUGAAUAAGAACAAGUUUGCCAGCUGAUGCUGCUAUAUUUUUGUUAUUUAAUGGAGUCUGCAUAUUCUCUUGGUUAAAUGUAUACGUGUGGGUAUUUAACUUACUGAUUGAACCUGCACUCUCAGCAGUGUGAAACUACCAAGCCAAAAGUUACUAAAUAUAUAAGAUUUUUCGGAAAAAACAAAUGCUAACCUAAUUACAAGACAUACGGCGGCUAAUACUUUCUGAAAUGCUCUCCAUAAAAUAACAUGAAUUGAGAAGUAUGUGUUUUUUUAUGUGUUAAUGGCUUGACAAGUCAUAAAAAGAGAAAUUGCACUUUUUGAAAUAACCACUGAUAGGCCAGAUUUCAAAAGUCAUCCAUUUAGAUAUCUCCUUGUUUUACAAGUGCUCACAAUGUGAGUUACCUUUGAUUCUUUGACUUCUGGUCUGACUUCACUUGAACAUUGUAGUUGCAUACUUUUGAAUAAACAAAGGAAGGGUUCUCACAAGGUAAAUUCCCAGGUGUUGCAGAACUAUUUAUGCCAUGAUGCUUUGUCAGCCUUUAGGAUUAAAAAUUAAGCUUUAAAAAAGGUAUCUACAUUUUGGGCAUCCCUGACAAAGCAUUAUACAUUGUACAUUAUAUAUACAUACCUUCAUUCAUACAUAGAUAUAUACAUUUGUGCACACACUCACAACACUCGAACAUAAUCAGUGUCACUUUACUAUUUUGUGUUCAGCAAAUAUUUAUACUCUGUUUAUGUAACAUAUAUCUAGGUUCGUAAUGUCCAUGUUAAUGAGUAUUUCCAAUGCAACUACUAGUUCAAUAUACAUUUAAAGAGGCACUACCACUUCCCAGGAUUUUUAAGUAUUAUGUUUACUGUUGUGUUAUAUUUAAUAUUUGUGAACUGUAGCACAACUUAAAGAUAACAUUCAAUACCUCUUUAUCUUGGACUAGACUUUUCCAUCUUGGUUUCCUGUCAACCAUAAUUAUAAGGUUAUUCCACCUGGCAGUUAGCAUAAAAAUCAAGAUCUGUUUCAUCUCAUCAACGUGUGCCUUGGCCGUGCCAGGGAUUGUGUUAUUUGCUAAUUGUGUAUUUGCUUAUUAUUUAAUAUUAAUUUAAAAGAAAAUGGAGCCUCACAUGAAAAGGUUAACACAUGUUAUUGGCAAGAGAAGUGAUGGCUCCCUUUUUUAAUCACCUAAAAUCAACAUUUUUAGCUAGAGAAUAUUUAGCAUAGAAAUGCCUGCAUAAUUAGUCAUUCGACAGACUAUUUAGUUUAGGUUUGCCUGAACAGUGCUGCUAAAGCUGAUAUACUUAGUAAUGCUAGGUACAGAUAAUAUUUAUUGCAUAUUUAAGUGGUUGGUUAAUAUGUAUGUAUGGAUUUUUGGAUUAAAAAUAAGUGUACGACUGACAGCCUAUAAUGUCCUAUACCAUUCAUUCCAGAUUAAAAAGAAGAUAAAUGUUCCUUAAUACAAAUCCAAGGGGGCUGGCUUGAUGAUCGCUAUUUAUUAAUAUUGACUUGUUGUUCUGCCCUCAUUGUGCAACUAUACUGAAAUCAUAUCAUACAGAGCAGGACUCAAUGAAAAUAAUGUAGUAUUUUUAUUAAGAAAAUACAUGUUUCUAUACUGUUUUAUAUUUUUUAUCAUUUUGAAAGAGUUCUUUUUUAUUGUUUUUACAAAAUUGUUAAAUUGAAACAGAAUAUUUAUUAAUUUAUACAAUAUAUUUAUUUUUUCUAAAUUAUUUCAUGAAUUUUAAAAAAUAAAUUAUUAAAUAUAUUUCUUUGCCUUGCUUUUUAUUUGUUUUUGUAAAAUGUCAAUAAUAUGGAAUAAAAAAAAAAGGUAUUGUGAAAUGCGUUCAAAUCAACUUACACUAGCUUAGUCAAUCGAGCACCGUUAAACCUUGAUCACUUAACUUGUUGACACAACAUACCUGCUUAGAUAUGCCUGUUAUAUGCUGAGAGCAAUUUGUGUGACUUAAACAUGCUUAAUUUCUUCUCAUAAUUAACUUUAAAAAAUGUGCACAUACUCUUGAACACCCCAAUGUUAAAAGUGUUGAAACUCAGCGUGGGGAAUGCCGUUGGGGUGCCACACGCAUGCUGUUAUAUUUCUCUGCACUGCAAAAAAUAAAAGGUAUUAGCAAGUAUUUAGAAAACAUUUCAUUACGUAAAUUAGCACAUAUAUUUGACAAGACAAUAAAGUGACCAUAGGAAACUUCUGCCUAUAGGCUACAUUAACUAAAAAUGUGAGCACGCAAAUCACUAUUUAAUGAAUAAAAGACAUUAAUACAUUCUAGGUUAUAUAAAAUGCAGCAGGUACUAAAAGAGGGUAAAGUUAGAGUUACCCACUACAUAUUGAGAUGCAGAAAAUCGCAUUGAGCUUUAGUCAAAAGUGGAAUUAGAUAAAUACAAAAAAACAGCAGAAGCGUGAGAAAAUGUUAGCUGACUCCCAAAAAAAGCAUCUGUUAAAUCUGGCUAUAAUUAAUUUUAACCAGAUCCACACGAAUGGUUUCCUCUCCCCAAACAUCUAGUUUACUAGGGCUCUUUAACCAAAGGGAUUUACACACAGAAGCACAUGCAGACUUACACACACAAACCCAUGCAGCAGGUCAAAAUGUACACAUGUUCAACCAUCCUCCUGUUUCCUACCUUUUGGUUGCAGGAAGGUGGCUUCUGCUUGCUGAGGCUGUUGGGAGUUAGGGACUGGAUCUCUCCCAAUCCACACCCUCUUCUUCUUUGCUUUUUCAUCCCUCCUGCUCACCUCGGUGUUAGCUGGGAGAAAGUGACUGGCUUUCACUUCCUCCUGGCGCUGCCAUUACAUUAUUACAGGGGCCAUAUGCCCUUUUAAAGGGCAGCAGUGCGCGACUGGGCCCUUGAAGACACAUGCCCAUUGGGUGGCCCUAAGUGCAUGGGUCAUACGAUGGGCUCCCUCAGCGUGCCCCCCCCAAUUAGUGGCACCCAGGGCAGACAACCCAUUCCCCCUUUAGCAUGCCAUCGGCAAAAGUGCCAUCAUUUAAAAUUUGUGGUAUUGUGAUACAAAGAAGGCAUUAUUAAGUGAAAUUCAAUUGCCAAAUCUUGGCAAGUGUCCUCAUCUACCUUCUUGCAUGUAACAUUUAUUUGCAAUACUUCUUCCAUUAGGCCGGGCGGACACAAUCCUCCAUAUCCUGCAGAUGCUAAAGCAAUUAAGGAAGCAUUUUGCAGAGUUUUUAAUUCACUAUUUGCAGCAGUUCUUAAGUUAGGCCAGUUGAGUACAAUCUCCUGCAGUGAUGGGUGUGUGUGCAUGUUGGACGCUGUAUAUGUAAUUAAAAUAGGAGAAAUAAAAAUUGCAGAAAUUUAUUGGGGGAAUCCACAAUCAUUGGCUUAAAGCCAAUUUCCACCAUACAUUUAGAUAUGAUCCAAGAAGUGCACACUUGCCUGACUGAAUGGCUGUACCACUUUAAUCGAACUUUUGAUGCAUUCACUUUAAUCACUUUUAUUUUGUGGAGAUUUUGAGUAGCACUAUCUAAAGGAUUUUUUUUUGUGUUCAAUAAAUAUUAAUCCAGUGUUAUAUUUGCUCUCAUUUAUUCCCUAAAGUUUUUUUUUUUUCCUAAAAGUUGCCAUUUCCUUGUUGUUUCUCUGCAGCUCAGUAAUUAAACCCCAAUGUGGACUUACUAAAAAUGGCAUUGUACCAUAAUGACUGUAGCAAAAAGACUACUACAAAG